AGCUCCUAUGCCCCCUGACCCAUUUGACAGUAUACGCUAUGUUCCCAGUUCCAUUAUAUUCAGAUAUAGUUUUAAGACCGUGGCGAUAGCACGUCAUUACCCUCUCCUAUCUCAUCAAAAGUGUAAUCGCGCGAUAAUAUGCUCAAAUACAGUCCGUCCGCUUUAUGUUUAUGGAUUGUGCUUUGUUAUGCUUAAAUCGACCCAUCUUACAGUCGGUUUCUCAGUCGCUCUGAUACAUUCCUCGAUGUGUAGAGAUAACGUGAAAUUAUUAAAAUAAUUUUACGUACUCGAAUACUGAAUAAAAAUUGAAGUUCAUCAGCACUCUCGAUAUUGCAAACAGCUAUACUUCCCUCACAGCUGACGACUAUUGUUAUCGCAAGCUGCUGCGAUAAUGCGAUUAACGGAGAUGGGAUUCAACGAUCUCAUAUAUUGGUAUCAGAAGAAAAUAGGUACAUAUGAUAAGCAGCAAUGGGAGAGAACUAUAGAACAACAUAUUCUCCGUGGACUCACACAUAUUCCUAUGAGAACUGCAAAACUCAAGACAGAGUUAAUUGAUGUUGAUCUUGUUCGUGGAUCUUCAUUUCCAAAGGCCAAACCGAAGCAUGGCUUGUCAACGGUAGCUUGCCUAGCAUUUCAACGACUCUUGUUUCUUCCAUUGUACAAAAAGUGGUGGAUACAACAAACAAGUUAUUGUAUCUUCGUGCUUUUCUUAUUGCUGUACAGCUUACAAGUGAUCAAUACCUUCCUGUAUUACAUUUAUGCAAACAGGGAAAAUGAGGCAGAAAUUGUCUCAAUGUCAGAAGUAUUAAUACCUAUUAUCAUGAUGUUCAUUCUAUGCAUUGUUCAUUCCCACAUUGUAUCAACACAUUCAGGUCCUACAAUAACAUCUAAUCAAUCCAGACAACGAAUAACAAGACGUUCUCGACAUGUCAGAGGUAGAAAUGGAAAGCCAAGGCCCAGACUUAAUUUACGUACACAUAAAGAUUCCAAGUCUUCUCAAGAUAUGGCUUCCGACAAAUCAAGUUUGGGAAAUGAAGAAGUACUUACUGCAGUAAGAUUUGCUAAGAAAGUUAUGAUAGAAAAUACUUUGUCUGGCAAUCAGCCUCAAGAACCUGUUACAAUGGAAGCUAGUGCACAAAUAGUAUAUGAUAAAGAGUCGAUAAGUACAACAGCAGAAAAUUCCAAUUCCACGAAUGAAACCUCAGCUAGUCGUGAACAACCAGGUGCUUUGCCAGAAGAACAUGUAGCAAAUAUACAUCAAGAUGACGAUGGAUUUGAAAGUCUAAAUGGUAAUGUUUCUAGUGAUAAUGAUAAAGUGAUGGGGCGUGGAAUGGUGCAAAGAAACAGAUCACGAGAAAGAGUAGCACGUCAAGCUGAAAAUCACAACCGUAUGUCGUGGUUGGAAGAUGGUGCUAGUCAACAAAUUCCACUUCCACCAAAGCACUCAGCACCCGAUCCAUUAAAAACAGAUGGCAAUUUUACGGAUAGCACAAGUGGUAUUCAUAUUGAUGUAAAUAAAGAUGUGCCAUCAAAGAUACUGGGACUGAGAGAAGGACGGCAGCAGUGUGAAAGCGAAGAAGAAGGCGAGUGUGAAGAAGCUACUACACAUCAUCUCACAGAGGCAACAACAUCUGCUACAGAAUGGAUGGGCGUUACAACCAACAGCGACGAAUGCAGUUAUAGCUCAGAGCUCGGGGAGUCCGACGUGCACAGUGAUACUAAUCUCAAUUAUACUGAAUUCGUGGAGCACCCUUUCUCCUGGGAAUUCGAGCUACCGCCGUCGAUAUUACUUAAUUCCACUUGUACAUCGUCUGAUCGUGUUUCGUGUACUAUUUGGGCACGGCGUGAUAUCAAGAAAGCCGAAUUGUCAGUGCUAGAUAUUAGUUCAUCGAUCAUUGCUAGAGUCGAAUCAAUGCCGGAAAGUAUGAAUUACUUUUAUGGCGGUUUGAUACUAAGCGUCGCGUUAUGUCUAAUACCGUCGAUGAAACGACUAAGUGAUCAUAUGGGGUCGGAUAACGUCAGCAACGUAUCCGUCAGUCUAUUACCGAGUGACAUGAUUCAAGUGAAUCUAGAAACGUACACUGAUGUCUUGUGUAGAGUGAUCGGUGUAGCAUUUGGAAACACGUUUUGGGAACGUACAGUGGUACUUAUUUCAACGUUCGAGCGAUUCGUGCUGUCAUGUUUCUUGUUCUUUUUGCUGGCAGUGGCGGAACGCACAUAUAAGCAGAGACUUCUGUACGCUAAGUUGUUUUCUCAUUUAACGUCAUCCAGACGUGCGCGAAAGUCUGAUUUGCCGCAUUUCCGAUUGAAUAAAGUUCGCAAUAUAAAGACAUGGCUGAGCGUUAGAUCCUAUCUGAAACGGAGAGGUCCGCAACGGUCCGUAGAUGUAAUCGUAUCAGCAGUAUUUAUUGUGACAAUAUUAUUGCUAUCAUUCGUGAGCUUAGAAUUGAUUAAAGAUCUCGAAAGUUUGCACUCACGAUACAACGUUGAGGCCUUAUUUUGGAGCUUCUCGCUUGGAAUAUUUAUUUUACGUUUUAUGACUCUAGGGACAAAGAUUAACAAGAAAUACAGAAAUCUAUCAGUUUUGAUAACUGAACAAAUUAAUUUGUACUUGCAAAUAGAACAAAAGCCACAUAAAAAGGAGGAACUUAUGGUUGCAAAUAGCGUACUGAAAUUAGCGGCUGAUUUAAUAAAGGAAUUGGAGAGUCCGUUUAAAAUCUCGGGGCUCUCAGCUAAUCCGUAUCUAUAUACCAUCACUAAGGUAGUAUUGUUGUCAGCAUUGUCAGGAAUACUUUCAGAGCUGCUCGGAUUUAAACUUAAAUUGCAUAAAAUAAAAAUCAAGUAA